UGCUCUUUACCCCCCACCACAUAAAAGAAAAAUCAAUUCAAGAGAAUGUGAACAAAAUUCUUGCAAAAAGCCGGAAAUUCCGACAACGCCGCCAAAAAAACCCCGUCAAACGACGACAAUUUAACAAUUUAACAACUUAUCAACCGAAACUCCGUCAUUUUCCGCCUUCUCUUUGCUGGAAACUCAGAAAACUCUCCAUUUUCAUUUGAGUUUGUUAUUCAUCAACGAGGAGAGAGAAUGGCGGCACUUCUCUCUUUUCCUUCAACUUCAGCAACAACAGUUGUUAAAUCUUCGAGACUUUCUGGAAAUUCAUCCAUUUUUAGCUCCUUAAUUCCUUUGCGCCGCUAUAAUUCUGUAUCUUCCUACAAUUUCACGCGUUCUCAUCCUCAGCGAUUAAUUUCAAGCAAGCGUUUCCAGUUCCAAAUCCAUGCGACAAUUUUGCAAGAUGAUGAGGAAAAAGUGGAAGUGGAGGAGUCAUUUCUAUCGCAGACCUUAUUAGAUGACACAGGGAAACUAAAUAGUGAAGCAAUGUCGUCAGGGGACUCAACUUCCAGUACUUUUGAGAGAUGGAUCAUCAAGUUAGAGCAGUCUAUCAAUAUCUUUCUCACGGAUUCUGUGAUAAAGAUUCUUGAUACUUUGUAUCAUGACAGAAACUAUGCAAGGUUCUUCGUCCUGGAAACAAUUGCAAGAGUUCCAUAUUUUGGAUUUAUAUCUGUGCUACAUUUGUAUGAGAGUUUUGGCUGGUGGAGAAGAGCUGAUUACUUAAAAGUCCAUUUUGCUGAGAGCUGGAAUGAGAUGCACCAUCUUCUGAUCAUGGAGGAAUUGGGGGGAAAUGCUUGGUGGUUCGACCGCUUUCUUGCUCAGCAUAUUGCUAUCUUUUAUUAUAUUAUGACAGUUAUCAUGUAUGCAAUCAGUCCAAGAAUGGCUUAUCAUUUCUCUGAAUGUGUCGAGAAUCAUGCAUUUGAAACCUAUGACAAGUUUAUCAAGGCCGAAGGAGAUGAAUUGAAGAAUCUGCCUGCACCAGAUGUGGCUGUAAAAUACUAUACUGGAGGUGACUUGUAUUUGUUCGAUGAAUUUCAAACUUCGAGAGUUCCCUGUUCCCGAAGGCCUAUAAUAGAAAAUUUGUAUGAUGUGUUCGUAAAUAUUAGAGAUGAUGAAGCUGAACAUUGCAAGACAAUGAGAGCUUGUCAGACUCAUGGGAAUCUUCGCUCUCCUCACUCAUCUACAGAAGAUAUUGAUGAAUCGGAAUGUGUCCUCUCUCAAGAUUGUGAAGGUAUUGUAGAUUGUAUAAAAAAAUCAGUUACAACUUCUACUGCAAAGAGUAAGUAAUACACGAUACAGGAUAAUAUACAAGUAUACAAGAAAUGAUCAGAAUGAUAACAGAAGUAGCCAAAUAAAAAAGGAAUUUUUUUACUUAUUUCUGGGUUACGUUCUUGUAGUUGUAGCAUAGUGCUGUUAAUAGUUACUGAUCCUACUCUUGAUUCCUUUUUAUUAUUAUCAUUUUAUAGAAAGCUGCUCAACUACCCUUAA